GUGACAGGCUGGAGAUGAGCCUGCCAGCUUCCGAUGUGCACAUCCCGGGACAUCCCUGGGAGGACUGAGGCCCCGGGAAGUUCUGCCGGCCUCCUGGCUCUGCUUCUCACGCCAUGCGUCGCCUGGCUCCGCACCUUGUAGGGUCCCACCUGCCGGAGUCCCAAGGCAGUGGACACUGCGCCACCGUGGACCCGGGGCCUCUGGAGGGCGGCUACCUGGAGCUCCUCAACAGCAGCGCCGACCCCCUGCACCUCUACCACCUCUACGACCAGAUGGACCUGGAGGAGGAGGCCGAGCCCUGCUCAGAGCCCGACACGGACACCAUCAACUGCGACCAGUUCAGCAGGCUGCUGUGUGACAUGGAAGGGGACGAGGAGACCCGGGAGGCGUACGCCAAUAUCGCGGAACUGGACCAGUACGUGUUCCAGGACUCGCAGCUGGAGGGCCUGAGCAGGGACCUCUUCAUGGAACACAUAGGACUGGACGGCGUGCUCGCUGAGGGCCUGGACGUGCCGGCAGAACCAGGGCCAAGGAGCCAGAAAAGACCUCUCUCAGAAGAGCACCCUGCCGACCUGAAGCACAGGAAGCUCGCCGAGGCCCCUGCUGUGCCCAUAGUGACGGGCAGUUUCCUGGUGGGACCAGUGAGUGACCCGGUCACCCUGCCUGGCCUGCCGGCUGCUCUGUACCACCAGGAGCCAGUGUCCAGCCAGAUCCACCCGGAGAAAGCUGUGCAGAUGCCCGAGCCUCCCGCCACGGCCUCCGUGAGCUGCCUCCACCUCCCUGCGGGGCCCAUCCAGGUCAUCUCCACGCUGCCCACACUGCCCACGCUGCCCACGCUGCCCCAGGGGCUCUGGCCCAUCUCGGGCGCCGGCACCGGCCUGUGCAGCAUAUUCAUCUGCCACGGUGAGACGCCCCUGACCAGCCAAGCACCACCUUCCAGCGGCCCUGCCGUCCACAGCCUCCCCAAGUCCCCGGACCGGCCCGGCUCCACCAGCCCCUUCGCUCCCUCUGCCGCUGACCUGCCCAGCAUGCCCGAGCCGGCCCUGACCGCCCGCCCAGGUGGGACAGAGGACCAGAGUUCCCCGUGCCAGGCAGCGCCAGAGGUCUCCCCUGAGCUUCCAAAAUGGCCUGAGCUGCCCCUCCGUCCUGGUCUAGCCUGGUCACUGUGCCUGGGUCUGAGGCCCUCCCUCCACAGGGCCGCCCUGAGUGACACCAUGGGGCUGUGGGAGUCCCUGCAGCAGCGUGGGGAGACCCGGCUACUCCAGGCCGCGGAGGACAAGUUCACCAUCGAGCCAUUUAAGGCCAAGUCCCUGAAGGACGUGGAGGAUCUGGAGAGCCUGGUGCAGGCCCAGAGGUUGAGGAGUUGCUCUGAAGAGGCCCGGGGGGCCCUGCCUGCUGUCCGCCACCUGAAGAAGCUGGAGUUUGCGUUGGGCCCCAGCUGGGGUCCCCAGGCUUUCCCCAGACUGGCCAAGAUUCUCCCCGCCUUUUCGUCCCUUCAGCACCUGGACCUGGACUCGCUGAGCGAGAACAAGAUUGGGGACGAGGGGGUCGCGAAGCUCUCAGCCACCUUCCCUCAGCUGAAGGCCCUGGAGACCCUCAACCUGUCCCAGAACAGCAUCACCGACGUGGGGGCCUGCAAGCUGGCCGAGGCCCUGCCCUCACUUGCUGCGACCCUCCUCAGGCUCAGCUUGUACAACAACUGCAUCUGCGACCUCGGAGCAGAGAGCCUGGCCCGCGCGCUCCCCGAGAUGGCGUCGCUGCGGGUGCUGGACGUCCAGUACAACAAGUUCACAGCCGCGGGUGCCCAGCAGCUGGCCUCCAGCCUGAGAAAGUGUCCUCACGUGGAGACGCUGGCAAUGUGGACACCCACGAUCCCCUUUGGUGUCCAGGAGCAUCUGCAGCAACUGGACUCCCGGAUCAGCCUGAGAUGACCCUGGCUGUGCUCUGGACAAGCACGGACUCUGAGGACGCUGACGCGCUGGACCUAAGCACCCCAUGAGCCUCGGCAUCCUGGCCCCCGGCCCCUGCCGGCUCAGGAUCGGCCCGUCCAGCUGGUGAAGGGACUCAUCUUCGCGGGCAGGCCCGGGCCCCACCCAGGCUCCCCAGGGCCCAGGCACAUGCCAGCCUGUUCAGCUGCUCUGAGCCCUGGUGGACAGACAGGUGGGCGCCUGGUAGCAGCCACGGCCCACGCAGGAGGCCUGAGCCGUACCCUGUGCACCACUGGGCAGUCAUGGCCAGGCCAGGGCCCAGGCCUGAGGCAGCCUCCUUGGGGCCCGCCUAGUGUCCCUGCUGCUCUCCAACAGGGCACUGAUGGGCCACUCGCCUCGUGAAGACACCAGCAGGCCACCAGCCUGCCAGUCCCCCAACCUGAGCAGGCCUGCGGCAGCUGCUCCGUCUGUGGUCCUCGCUGCUGCACUGACUUUGGGCCAGAACUCUGGACUUGAGCCGGAACAGCAAACCAUACACUAAGGGGGGGGAGCCGCCUGGAGCCCUGCUCUGCCUCCCCCUGGGUCGUCCUUUCCACUCCGUGAUGAAGUCCCACGCGGGUCUUCGGCUGGCCUCGGGUUUGGGCUUACACCAUGAUUUCCAUUUGGGUAUCCACCGUCUGGUCACCCCCAGCCACGGCUUCAGUUGGCACUCACACGGUUGGUUGGGAAGGACUUGGCAGGGACAGCUCGCCUGUCCCCCGUGGCACCAGCUGGGGCGACCUGAGGGUCCCUUCCCCUCUCCAUGGGGCUAGUCUGGGCAUCCUCAUAGCUGGUGGCUGGACGGCAGGGUGGUAGCCCAGAGAGAAGAGGCAGUGACAGAGGACAGGGAAGGGGAGCAGAGAGUGUCCCAGGACAGCGGUGUUCAGAGCAUUGCUCUGCCACCUCAUGUCGGCCACCAGCCAGCGGGACAGGGGCUGCUCUCCUGCCCACCACAGCACUGGCCAGCGUCCACCCCGCCCGCCAGCGUCCUGCCUGGUCUUUAUGGCUUCCUGAGAUUCAGGGAAACUCAUUUUCCUGGGCUGGGCAAGGUGGCGGCACCGUCUGCCCCACAGAAGGGAGCUCCUCUGCCCCGCCCUGCCCGGCCCCCCCUGGGAACGGUGUCCCCACCUUGGCGCCGCAAGCCCAGAAGGGACCCCAGCUCGCUCAGCCGCCAGUGGGCCUGCUGCUCCUCCCGCUGGCGUGGCCUGCUCCGCAGGGACAAUCUGCUCUCUCCUGGUGGAGUGGAAGCCGAUGGCUCAGCUGCAGCAGGCCAGCCCCAGGCCCACAGGGUCAGCCUGGUUCCCAAAUGCUGCUCCUCUUCCCAGCAAGUGGGGGUGGGGCCAGCAGGGCCCGAGGACACAGCCAGCCCUGGGUGAACCUUGGUGACUCUGAUCACUGUGUGCCAAGUGCCAGGCUAAGCCCUUCCUACCUGAAGGGACGGAGGCACAGCCCUCAGAAGCACAGACCUCUCGUGCAAGGGACUUCUCUGUGCCUCGGUCUCCUGUUUGUAAGAUGGGCAGAGUCACAGCACCUCUCCACAGGGUCGUGGGACCAUCCAGUGGUGAAGACACUGGGCAGCUGCGUCUCACUCCCGCCUCGUCCUUGAGGACUCAAAGCCACCAGGAAGGCCCCAUGACCCCUCCAAUCCCAUCACGAUUUUACCUUUUCUGCACUGAUUUCUGCUGUCAGCUCUGGUCCUAGAGGGUGACUCCAGAAGGGAGGGACCCUCGCUUUGUCCACUACUGUACUCUGCACCCAGCAGGGUGCCUGUGAAAUGGAGACUCCUUCUCAGCACAACUUUGCUUGACUCACUCUACACUGUACACUGAGCGUGCAGGGGUGAGUGAGGGCUCAAGCGCGUGCCCUGGCGAGUCUCACACUUUAGCCAAAGUUUGCAUCUCUCAGGACAGGGCUGCAGGUGUGAUUGGGUGGUCUGUGCAAUGCACUAAAUCCCUGGACUAGUGGUAUUGGGGACUGCACACUCGUCAGGGCUCUGCUUACCAACCCCGGCGUCCUGGUGCGGGACUGCAGCAGCCCAGGGGAGGACAUUUUAUGAUGGACGUGAAGUCAUCACGAGAGGUAAAUAUGUUAACCAGGCGUGGUGGCGCACACUUGUAAUCCCAGUGGCUCAGGAGGCUGAGGUGGGAAGAUUGCAAGUUCAAAGCCAGCCUCAGUAAUUUAGUGAGGCCCUAAGCAACUUAGCA